AUGCUGGUGAGACGCAGCAGCCAGCGUCCCGCCUCAGGCUUCUCUUCAGCCGCUGACCCCCACCGCUCUCCCUUGCAGAGUCCCGACGCCGCGUCCCCCGACCCUCCGAGCGCCCCAGGCCCCAACAGGAUCCCCGAGGACACGAGCGUGUCUCCAGGACGCCAGGAGAGGCCCCCUGGGCUGUGCGCGCCACCGGGUCUGGCCGAGGCGCUGAGCGCUCUGGGGCUGGAGGGAGAGCGCGAGUACGCCGGGGACAUCUUCGCCGAAGUCAUGGUGUGCCGUGCGCUGCCGCGGAGGGCCCUGCCCGGGACCGUGACCCCAGAGAUGCGCGCGCUAGUGGUGGACUGGCUGAUCCAGGUGCACGAGUACCUGGGCCUGGCGGGGGACACGCUCUACCUGGCGGUGCACCUCCUCGAUUCCUACCUGCGCGCCGGCCGAGUGCGCCUACACCGCCUGCAGCUGCUGGGCGUGGCCUGCCUGUUCGUGGCGUGCAAAAUGGAAGAGUGCGUGCUUCCCGAGUCGGCCUCCCUCUGCCUCCUGGGCGCUGGCUCCUUCUCGCGGGCCGAGCUUCUGCGUGCCGAGCGGCGCAUCCUGAGCCGCUUGGAUUUCCGGCUGCACCACCCGGGCCCGCUACUUUGCCUCGGGCUACUGGCUGCGCUGGCCGGGAGCAGCCCCCAGGUGCGGGGUCUGGCCGGGCGGGGGGAGCAAGGGGGAGGGGAAGGGAGCAGGGGGGCAUGUCUAGAGGUAGGGACGUGGCCUGAUCUCCGCGGGGGCGGUGGUGCUUGGCAGGUGAUGCUACUUGCCACCUACUUUCUGGAGCUGUCUCUGCUGGAGGCCGAGGCCUCAGGAUGGGAGCCCGGUCGGCGCGCAGCUGCGGCGCUGAGCCUGGCGCACCGCUUGCUCGAAGGGGCGGGCUCCAGCCUCGAGCCCUCGCUUUACAGGUACGGCCCCAGGGGAGCGCCUCUGUGGCUACAGGAACCUACUUUCCUGAUCACUGUGUUUCCUGUCUCAGAGAAUGAGAGACCAUGGCGGGGGUGGGGGGUGGGCAGACUUGACUUUUCUGGGUGUGAGAGAAAAUGCCCCGCAGAGCUGCGCCCGCUCGAGCCGUGCAUGGCCCGCGCCGCGCUCCGAGGCCCCGCUCCAGGCCGCGCCGCCAUCUUUCUCAAGUACGCGCGGCCCCAGCACCAGGGCACCAGCCUCGCCGCCGCCCGCCUGCUCCGCCGCCCCCAGUCCGAGCCUCCCUGA